CAAGCCGAAUUCUCGCGAUAGUUGCGGUAGCUGAAAAUCCUAGGAGCAGAGCAGGCAACUUGACAUGUCAACAAAACAGAUAAAUUAUCACCACACAGGCAUGUAAGGGUCUGCUGGUGUGAAAUAGCCUGACAGGUAAUCUCACCUAGGACCUAGACCUCCUCCACCAGCAUCUUUACUUGCUGUCUCCAUGACAACCCCUCCACUGGUGUCGCCUUUUGGCGGGCAGCCUCCGCCCCCGCAGCAGCAACAGCAACAGCAGCAGCAGCAGCAGCAGCAGCAGCAGCAGCAGCAGGCCCAGGCAGCACGGGAUGUCAACACAGCCUCACUCUGUCGCAUCGGCCAGGAGACGGUCCAAGACAUUGUCCUCAGGACCAUGGAGAUCUUUCAGCUCCUUAGGAACAUGCAGCUGCCUAAUGGAGUCACAUACCACCCCAACACCCACCAGGACAGGCUGGGGAAACUCCAGGAGCACCUACGAAUGCUUUCUGUGCUGUUCCGCAAGCUACGCCUUGUCUAUGACAAAUGCAAUGAAAACUGUGCCGGGAUGGACCUCAUACCUCCAGAGCAACUGAUACCCUUUGUGGAGGAUGACAGCUCUAAACACGAGGAUCGCUCAGCUGGCCAGAGCCGCCCUGCCACCGAGGAGAGGAGAGAAAUCCUGGAGGUCAACAAGAAGCUAAAGCAGAAGAAUCAGCAGCUGAAGCAGAUCAUGGACCAACUCCGCAACCUCAUUUGGGAGAUCAACUCCAUGCUGGCUGUCAGGAGCUAAAAGAAACGCACAUUUAUAUACAACGCGCACACACUCGCACACAAAAUUGCCCCAAAAAUGGGAUUAUUUGGUCGUGAACUGGACUUGCGACAGGGUACCACAGGCUGGCUGAGGCUGCACUUUACAGAAGAAAUUGAGACUUUGGCAAUAUUAACCUGUUUCCUGAAGAAGAAGUAAAACAAUAGAAGGAAAACCGAGAGGAGACACAUGAAGACAAAAAGCGCUUGACACCACAGAGACGUGAUGAGAUGCCCAAUAAAAUACCGCGACGGAGGGAGCAGGUGACAUCAGUCAACAAUUAAUAGUUGAAUUAAGAGUUGAUAUAUUAAGUUUUAUGUAUUUGUAGGCACUAACUCAAGAAAGGGGGUUAUGCCUGUAUCGGACACACUGAUAUAUUCUAUUUAAUCCCAAAAUUCUGCCAAUUUUGUGUAUUUAAAUCCAGUGAAGCCCUACAUUUAAAAAUCUUUUAUAUGAUCCCUAAAAACGUUAAUAAGAAGGACAAACACUGUGGGAAAAUUAUGAGUCUUAUUCUUACUGUAUUGAUCUGCUUUUUUAUUUGAUGUAAUAUGUAAACCCAUCUAUGCUCUGCUCUGAUUGGACUUGACAUGUCAAUACAAUGCCUUGUUAAGGAUUCUGCUGAACUAUAAAUCUUGCUGUGAUUUAAAAAAAAAACUCAACGCUG